ACCACGUGUUUCUUAUACUGUUUGUAAUUUGGCGGUGGACAACGUGUUGUUUGUUUAUUUAAAUUUACAUUUCAAUUAUAAUGCAUUUUAUAUAGCAGAAUCGCUGAAUAUAGAAUGCCGGAAGGUCCUGAAAUAUAUUUAACGAGUUGUUAUAUCAACGAAGUUUGUAAAAAUCGAAUUUUUGAAGGAUCUGUCGAGAAAUCCGAUGUCAACAAGAAUCCAGACAUACCUUGGAACUGUAAAUAUCGCAUUUCUGCCACUUCUCGUGGUAAAGAAUUGAAAUUAAGUUUAAUUCACGUGAAAAAUGUCAAAAAAUUAAACAUAUUAAUGAGAUUUGGUAUGACUGGAAGUUUCAAGUUCACUGAUGCUGACAGUUUACCUAAACAUUCUCACUUAAGGUUUUAUACGAGUAAUAAAAAAUCGCCUAAGGUUCUAAGCUUCGUGGAUCCUCGUAGAUUCGGCAAAUGGGAAAUAAGUGACGAGUGGUCUUCGGAUCGCGGUCCUGAUCCGAUGUUUCAGUAUGAAGAUUUCAGGAAGAAUGUUUUGUUAAAUUUGUCCCAAUCAAUUUUCAGUAAACCUAUCUGUGAAGUAUUAUUAAAUCAGAAAUAUUUUAAUGGAAUUGGAAAUUAUCUGAGGGCUGAAAUACUAUACAGAGCUCAAAUUCCACCUUUUGAUGAAGCAAGAACAGUUUUAGAAACUUUAAAUAUUUCAGAAGAUAAUGCAGAAGAUGAUAUAUUGCAUCUUUGCAAAAUCAUUCCUUUAGAAGUUGUCAACUUGCACGGAAAUAAAUAUUUGGAAGAUUCUGAAGAUUUCUAUUCCUGGUUACGCUGUUACGAGAAUAAAAACAUGAAUACUAUGAAAGACAGCAAUAAUCGUACGAUAUGGUUCUCCGGUGAGCCCGGAUUGUUAGCUUCACGACUAAGGGAUAAAAGGAAAAACUCUACGAAAAGCAACAAAGUAACCGAAACUAAGAAUCAUAAGAAACGUUCAAGAAAAUAGAUUUUUUUUUUUAAAGAUAUUUCAAAAUGGAAAUGUAUCCUCCAUGUAAGGAUUUUUAUUUACAUGUUAUGUUUAAUAAAGUUUAUAUAUUU